GGAAAAUGCAAUUGCCAGCGCAGCCGGCGCAGCAAAAACAGGUGAACACGUCGGAAUCCAGGAAUGUCCUUCAAGGAUGUGCGAGAUCUGGGGGAACACCUCAAGUUGUUGGGCUUUCCCCGGGUAUUUCCCCUCCAAUCCCUGGCCAAUAAGCAUGGCAGCCUGGCCAGUUUCCACAUAGUCUCCGAGCUCCUGCAAUGGCUGGCUGGUCUGAUGGAACCGGGUGCCACUUUGCCCGGCGGCGUGGAAUCAGAGGAGCAGCGGAUUCUCCUCGUCCGUUCGGCGACCGAAUUUUUUGUUACCAAGGCGGCCAUACGCCUGAAUCCCCGGAAACUGUAUGCGGCCGCAGCGGUUACGGCAGCGGAACUGCAGAAAGUCACCCGACUACUGACGGCCCCAGGACAAAACGAAGGCGAUCGCGACGAGGAGGACCAACGGGAUCAGUAUAGAAGCCUAAAUCCCGUCGACAUUGGGGACAAAAUGGACGAGUUGCGUAAAGCCCGAGAGCUGGCUGCAGAUUUAGCCCAGCGAGGCUCCACCAUAUACGAGCUGCUUUCAAAGGAGCUGCUGAACAAGGAGGCCCGGAUGUCCCAGGCCCAAAGGCCCCUGGAACUGCUCAGUGUGGAGAGGACUCUGAAGAACGCCAUCCAAGCCAGUCAGGUGCGCCUGCAGUCGAGCAGGGCCCAACUCGAGGCCGGAAAAGUGGAACUAAAUGCGCUGGGCUCCAAGCUGCAGCGCCGCCGUGCGGAGCUAGAGAGAACGCGCCAAAGAUUGGAGGCUCUGCAUCGCAUUCGACCGGCCCACAUGGCCGAGUUCGAGGACUGUGAGAAGGAACUGCAGCAGCUUUUCCAGCGCUUCUUCCUAAGGUUGCAUGUCCGCGAUGCUCUGAAGUCCCAACUGGAGUUGCGUACCAAACGUGCCACGCCCAUUGCCUCGCCCGUUCUGCAAAAGCCCGCCGAGAGCUCCAUACCCUUCAUCCCGGAGGGCCUCAUUGAAGACGAUGACGAUGAUCUAGACGACGAGGAUGAGGACGAGGAUGGCGGCGAAGCGGUUUCCGGCCUUGACAUGGUGGUAAAUGGCAGGAGUGUCUUCGGCCUCGACUCGGAGAUACCCGAUAUUCGGGACGAGGACAAGAUGAUGCAGCAGAACAGCCUCACUUCGGCACAGGGAAAGCGUCCUGGCACAGCCACCUCCAGAGUACGGCCCACAACGGGAAGAAGCAGAAAGACAGUCUCUCUCACAGGAAGAAACGCCGCAGGACCAGAAGGAGGUGGUGAUGCCAGAGCAUCCCGAGGAUCCAGAAGAGGUGGAGCGACUGAAGGAGAAGCAGGUGGCACCCAUCGAAAUGGCCGUAAUGGACCCGGAAGUAGUAUGCUCAAUUCACGAGAUGAUGACAGCAGCUUCGGGAGCUCCGAAAGUGAACUUGAUGUGGGCGAGAUCAUGGGCAUGAGUGGGAUGAGCGGCAUUAGUGGAAUAAGUGGAUUGAGCCAUAUUGCUUUGGGAGCCGGUGAUGACGAUUUUGAUCUCAACUCGAUAGAUGACAUUAGCAUUUCAAAGUUAACUGGAGAACUGCCGUUGCGACCUAAGACGGCCAAUAAAACAGAGCACCACAGCGAUGAGGAUUUCUAGGUUAACUAAUCAUUUUCUACAGAUUUUAUAAACGCUGCAACAGGGUGUCACUAAUAAAUACAAUAUUCUCAACCUGUAA